UCUGGCGACUUGACCCAAGCUGUCAAUGAGACAAGUUGAGCUUCAUUUCCCGCUGUUGGUGAUGGCGGAUGUUGUCGAAAAAGACACCAUGAAGAACUACCGCAUAGCGUCCGAGAAGAUUGACCCGGAGAGCGGUCGCUUUCCCUACUGCGUCGUGUGGACACCCAUCCCCAUGCUGUCAUGGCUGGUGCCCUUCAUUGGCCACAUGGGAAUCUGCACUUCCACUGGUGUCAUCCGGGACUUUGCUGGACCUUACUUUGUCUCUGAGGACAAUAUGGCUUUUGGAAAACCAACAAAGUACUGGAUACUCGACGUCAGCAAAGUCCACGCUAGCGGCUCCAAUGCCUGGGACACAGCGGUGCACGAUGCUUCAGAGGAGUACAAGCACAGGAUGCACAACCUCUGCUGCGACAACUGUCACUCGCAUGUCGCCAUGGCUCUGAACCUGAUGAGGUAUGAAAACAGCACGUCGUGGAACAUGGUCAACCUCUGCCUCCUUGCUCUGAUCCAUGGGAAACACGUGAGCUGUGCAGGCUUCCUGAAGACCUGGCUGCCUUUCCUGAUGCUGAUGGGCAUCAUCCUCACAGUGACCCUGGCCCUCAACCUGCGGUGACCCGGGAGCCGGGUGAAGGGCACAGCGGGAGUCGGAUGUUGGGCUCGAACCUUUCAGGCGCUGGUUUCUUGGUGGGAAGCGGGCAUCGUUGAUGUGGAGGGACGUGACCCAACUGCCCACAACUACCGGGACUCACCUGAUGGAUUGUGAUCAUUCAGACGCGCACGUUGUGUCGCUGCUUUGAUUGUAGAGCGCAGGGACGCGCGUAGCCGAAGUCUCACAGGGGGACGUGUUCAUGCCUUGCUUUCAGAUAUUUCUGACCUUUUUUUUUUUUAAACUUUACUUUUACUUCAAGGAUGCCAUUUUUAUACUGGGGAGCACAAACAUGUUAAAUCAAUUGGAUGCCUUUCUAGGGAGUUUAUUGCAUUUCGUGCUUGAAGUGCUGUGGCUCUUCUACAGUCCUGCCUCUUAAAGCUAAACAUGCCACAGCUGUUUGUAUUUCUGUGCAUGUUCUUAAAAGCCUUCUUAAAAGGUCUGUUGUACAUGCAUUCCACGUAUCACCUCAUGGUACUACUUUUAAGAAGUUUACAGAAAAUGUUUUAACUACAGAUCACCUCAAUGAAUGUUGUGAAAAAUACAGGAACAGAAUCGCCCAACUUUUGGGAGACCAACUCAAACUGUGUCUUUGUACAUCUAAUUUAGUUUUUCUUUUUAUGUGGAGAACUUCAUUGGUGGGCGACCUGAAGGCCGGUUGAUGUCAGGGUUAUGAAAGCCGGUCUGAUCAGUUCGAUCAACUCGAGAGAGAGAGAGACUUUAAGGGAAGGAGACUCAGUGCCUAAACACCACCUUUCACGCAGCCCUCUCGUGUCCCUUCAUUUUUGCCACGUAUUUAAGAGCAACUUUGAUUCCCACUGAUUGUUGUUGCUCUCAAUCCGUUGCCAUGGCUGCCGUGAGCAGAUUCCAAUCCCUUCGGUUGUUUGGAGUCCCAACAGAAAGUGUUGAGCCCCCCCCUUUUGUUCCGAGCAGCAGGUAGUCAGGAUCCUCAGGUUUUUCACACUCGCCAACCCCUUGUUGAAUAUCCUCAGCGCCCCCCCCCCCCCCCCUCCAGCUUGGCUCCUGCUGUUCUCCUCAUCUACAGAUCAGAGUCGUCUGUCAGCGCUCUUUGAUAGCUUUUGAUACAUAGCGGCCGACACAUUAGAUUUCAUUUAAGUGUGUUUUCAUAGAUGAAACUGUUUUUUUUAUUUUCUGCAUGGAGGCUCUUGACUUUCAGGGCAACCGCUGCCGUUUUUUCUAGACUUUGCUCUCCUCCAUCGGGCCUCUGUUGAAAGCCGCUAUUCUGCGGCCUCUUGUGCGAGUCUCACCCAUGUUGCCUGUAGAUAUCUGAUGUGCAUUUUCCUGCAUUACACCAGGUGCUCUUCAUAAACGUUUCAAACUCGAUGGCUCGAUCUACUGAUUUAUCAUUUUAGGGUGUCGUUCUCUUUACUCCGCGAGCGUACAUAAUACGUCACACUGUAACGGGCCGGUUAAAGUUGAUUUGAUGACUGAUGUUCUGAGUUUAGCUACAAAAUCGGAGUCGUUUUCUCAGAGCAAUUAAUGCAGGAAAUGGGUAAAGAAACGGAGGAUACAGAACAGUGCGUUCUGUAUACAAAAUAUUUAAUGCCUAGUCACUGGUAACUUUAACGAGUAACUUUUGAAGUGCUAAUCGAAUUUUAUUGUAAAUAUUUCCUCCCCGAAGAUCUCUCAGUGAAUUAUGAUGUCAGACAUUAAAUGGAGGCAAACAGACUGCCUUGUGAGUGAUGGAACUAAAAGCAGCAUGUGUUUAAAAUAAAAAUGCUCAAUAUGCCCGAAGACCCUUUGCGUCUCUGUCCAGACUUGGAGAAUGUGGAUGUGUAAAAAAAAAAUAGAAA